AUGGCGAUUGUGCGGUCGCCCCCGCUGCCGCCCGCGACGGCGCUGGCCCCGGUCGCCCCCCCCCCCCCCCCCCCCGCCGGCUCCUCCCCGCCUCCCUCCCCCGCCGGCGCCCCAUCCCCGCGCUGUCCUCUCCUCCCCGGCUCGCAGCCCCCUUUCCUCCCGCCCCCCAGCCGCCCGUGCUGGGCUGAUUGGGCGGCCGCGGCUGGCUCGCCCGCCACCCGCGCCGUUUCGGUGACCGCCUUGCGGAGAGCCUCGAGCUGGUGCUGGGUUGCCGGCUGCGGCGUCCUCACCCCCCUCCCUCCCCUUCCUCUUCCGGCGUGGCCUCGUGCCUGUCGAGCACCACCUUCUCCAACACCACCGAAACCGCACUGGGAGGCCGGCCGCCGUGGUCGUGGAGCUCGAGCCUAUGCUUGGGGGGUGGCUGGAAGGUCCGAGGUUGGCCCGGCUGUGAUUUCGUGGCGGCGGUCUCCGGCGCCGCCCGCCGGCACCGCGCCGCCGUUAAGGACUCCGGUGGUGACCCUGUUUCUAGACCCUCGAGGGCCGCGGUUCCGCCCUUUCCGCCCGUCGAUGGCGGCGCCGUUCGGCGUGGUCGUGGCGGUGGCAGUGCCCCUCGGCGCACGGGAAACCCUAGAGCCUUCCCUCCCUCCCCCCGGGGUGGGCUGGGCCGUCCGGGCCCAUUGGGCCGGCUGGGACGGGGGCUGUUGUUGGGCCCCUGGAUGCCUCCUCUGUCGGCCCAAGUCGGAGUGCCUCCCGCUCCCUGUGGGCUGCGGCCCCUCCCCCGCCUGA